AUGCUAUGCUUUGUGCCCUCAUCACAGGUGCUACAAGACGAACAGGUGAAGCAUGAAGAACGCUUGGUCGCUUUGGAAGCACAAUUACAUUUGGCGGUACAAUCGGGAAUACCUGUUUCCGAAUCUGAUCGCCUCGCUUGUUUCGCACGCCUGGAGGCUCAGCGCGCGACGGAGUACCGACUACGUUUGCAUAAAUUCAAACAAGAAUAUCCUACGGCUGAUGAACUGUUCACGUGGACUUUGAACUCAUUGCAUCUGAAGAUUCUUUCAGAUAGUUCAUUUUCCAAUCCGGAACAGGUGAUCGAUCGCAUGCAACAGAUAGACAGUUGUAGGCAAGUGGAUUCUCUCGUGAUCUCUAUCGACCUUGUGAUCAGCUUGAAUGUGGAUCGAUGGCGUUUCCAGUUGCGUGACUACCCAAAACCGUGGUUGGAAAUGACUGAUCUUCUACUUUGGGGUCCUUUGGCCGGAGGUGAACGAUUGGCCGAUUGGAAAGAUGUGAAAGAGAUCCACAUGUGCUACGGGGCCAACUGGGAACCAGCUUUGGCCUGGCUGAGUCAACGUCUAGAAGAUAUCAAUCCGAGUCCGACCGAUUUGUCCAUGCCCCGUUUAGGCUGGUGGGAUCGAGUCAGACACUUAUUACACGGUCGACUCUACGUGGUUUCAGACACAAUGCAAUGGCUCUAUUCAACUAGUCUCAAUCCGUACAAUGCCACUGAGUUCUUUGCCUGGCAAUGGAAUCGUUCGACUGUGUGCUGGGAAACUGAUGAUAGCAACAUCCAGUCUCAAGACGGCGAAUCGAAUGUGGCAAUUCCGUCUCAGUUUACAUUGCAGAACUAG